AUGGGUAUGAAAAAGGAGAAUGAAAAGAUUAAGAGUGAGGAAACAACAAACCUAUCUUUGAUAACUCCGCAAGAAGGAAUAAUGUAUGUUGGAGCAGCUGCAUCACAAUACUUCAGAGAAAAAAUUUUCCAAUUGCCAACACAUCAUGUCAACAAUAUUCCUCAACCUUCUUAUGUGCCGCAACACACCACGAACCCUAACAAUCUUAUGACACAUCUCGAACAUCAUUAUGAUGAGGCCUUUGCUGCGGUUUCUGGUAAAGACCUAGUGAUGAAUCAUCAAUAUCACCAUCACCAUCAUCAUCACCAUCAGACCUCGGACUUCACCGUCGAAGAAACUUUUGGGUAUAACAACUUUCAAGAGGAAGAGCAGCCAGCUGCAGCCUUAAUGUUGACGCCCAACCCGGAUGAAGUAGAGUUGUACCCUUGCCAGUUGGAGUAUACUUAUUUGGAAAGGAGGAACAAUCAUGAAGCUGGGACAUCAUCAUCCAUGUUAAAUUUGCCUCAUUUAAUUUCUCCUCCUUACACAUAUAGUUUAGAUCAGGUGAUGAGGCUUAAAUUAUAUUUCUUAUGUUUAUUGAAAACACAUUAUGGUCAUUUCUUAUUUUCAGCAUGUGUUCUUUCGUGUAUAGCAGGAAAGUGGAGGAUUCAGCUACAAACGUGAUGUUACUCGGCCCAUAAACUAUAACAAGUCAGCCUAAUCUUAUUCGGUAUGGCUAAUGCAAGAUUGGGAUUUGCAAGAAGAAAUCAAGAUGGGUCAU